ACCCCGCGUGUGUCCCCGCAGAGGUCAGUUCAGGCCCGUCUCCCGCGGCAGGGCCACCCCCACAGCCACCCCUGGCCCGGCGCAGGUGACACUGACACCGGCGGCUGCUCCGGCCACCGCCGAGCUUCCUGCUUCCCAGAAGGUGUCGGCGUCGCGGCAACAGGAACUGAGGCUGGGAGGAGGCGGUGCCGCCGCUCCCCGCCGCGCUCACGGCCCGAGCCGGGGGAGCGGAGCAGCCACGGGCCACCGCCAGCAGCCGCUGUAACCUCCCCGUCCCCCGGGGCAGGCGCGUCCCUCCUUCCCCUGCCGGCCGGGCGAGGUGUUUCCCCGCGGGGGCGCGGACCGGCCGCCCGGGGCCCGAGAUGUGACCAUGGACAGCAGGAUCAAGCAAAAUCCAGAAAGUACAUUUGAUUUGGUACUCAAGGUAAAAUGCCAGGCUUCUGAAAAUGAAGAUCCGGUGGUACUGUGGAAGUUCCCGGAGGACUUCGGAGACCAGGAGAUGCUGCAGAGUGUGCCGAAGUUCUGCUUUCCCUUUGACGUUGAAAGGGUGUCCCAAAAUCAAGUAGGACAGCACUUUACCUUUGUGCUUACAGACAUUGAAAGCAAACAAAAGUUUGGAUUUUGCCGGUUAACAUCAGGAGGCAAAGUCUGCCUCUGUAUUGUAAGUUACCUGCCAUGGUUUGAGGUAUACUACAAAUUGUUAAAUACUCUGGCAGAUUAUUUGGCUAAAGAACAGGAAAAUGACUUGAAUGAUAUGUUAAAAUCACUGUAUAGCCACCCUGUGCCAAAGGCAAACACUCCUGUCAGUUUAAACGUGAAUCAAGAGAUGUUUUUUGCAAGUGAGCAAGUUCUGAAAAAUCAGCCGUACCUAGUAUCGCAUUCGUACUUCAUUACUCCUGAUCUAACUGGAUUGCCAACAAUCCCAGAAAGUAGAAAUCUUACAGAAUAUUUUGUUGCUGUGGAUGUGAACAACAUGAUGCAACUUUAUGCCAGUAUGUUGCAUGAGAGACGAAUCAUUAUUAUCUCUAGCAAACUAAGCACUUUAACUGCUUGUGUUCAUGGAUCAGCUGCAUUGUUAUAUCCAAUGUAUUGGCAACACAUAUACAUCCCAGUGCUUCCUCCACACCUUCUGGACUACUGCUGUGCACCGAUGCCCUAUCUAAUUGGAGUUCACUUAAGCUUAAUUGAAAGAGUAAAAAAUAGAUCACUGGAGGAUGUGGUUAUGCUAAAUGUUGACACAAACACUCUAGAAAACCCAUUUAGUGACCUGAACAACCUACCUAGUGAAGUGGUCUCAGCCUUGAAAAAUAAACUGAAGAAGCAGUCUACAGCUACGGGCGAUGGAGUAGCUAGGGCCUUCCUUAGGACACAGGCAGCAUUGUUUGGAUCCUACAGAGAUGCACUAAGAUACAAACCUGGAGAGCCUAUUACUUUCUGUGAGGACAGUUUUGUGAAGCAUCGUUCCAGUGCUACCAAACAGUUCCUGGAAACUGCAGUGAAUCUUCAGCUUUUUAAACAGUUUAUUGAUGGUCGACUAGCAAAGCUAAAUGCAGGAAGAGGGUUCUCAGAUGCUUUUGAAGAAGAGAUCACUUCUGGAGGCUUCUGUGGAGGAAAUUCAAAAUCUUACCAGCAGUGGGUGCAUACAGUAAAGAAAGGAGGUGCACUAAUCAACACAGCCAUGACCAAAGCCAGCCCUGCUGUGAAGACAGCAUACAAAUUUGCAAAAAGUCAUGCAAAGCAGGGAAUAAAAGAAGUGAGGAGUAAGUUAAAACACAAGGAGAGUGAUGAAGAAUAUGGAACUUGUAGCUCUGGUGUACUACAGUGUGCACCAGUGUACACAUUACACAAUCAGAAAAGAGGAAAUUCAGAAAAACGAAGACUUGCCCAGACACGUUUCAACCAACAUCUUCCCAAUGUCAGCAAUCAUGAUUCUGCCCUGGAUGACGAUGAUGAUGAUGAAAUGGACAGAACAAGCAAGUUAUCGUCUGAAGACAGCGAGGAAGCUUCCACUUAUUUUUAUGAUAGUGACGAUUCUGGUGAAACAGGAGUAAAGUCUUAUCACACAGGAGAAAUGGACUUGCUGGGAGAGAUUUUGGACACGCUGAGCACACACAGUUCAGAUCAAGGAAAGCUCUCAGGAGCAAAGAGCCUGGAUUUCUUUAGAUCAACGGAUGAUAUUGAUUAUAAGGCUAUGAACAAGUCUAGUGCACCUAGUGAGAGCAACCUCGCUCUGCUCUGUAGUGGUACUAAUGAUCCAGUGGAGUGGAAUCUUGGUCAGGAUGAUAGUGUUCUCCAUGGGAAACAGCUCCCUCCAUCGCCAAGGAAGCAAGUUGAUUUUAGUGACCAGAUGGAAUCUGUCUCUGUGCUGCAGGAGGAAAAUAGUGACAAAAUCCUUAGUGCUGACCAUGUGGAUUUCCCUAAAGAUUUUGUAAAGUCAUCUUCUCCAACACGAUCAGUUGCACAACUCGCUUCUCUGGAAUUUUCCCAAGUAGAUGACUCCUUCCAUAGGAAGAUAAAACCGAAUGAAACACUAAGCAAUAUCUCAGAGGAUCAGCUCCCAGUGAACCUCUGUCAACAUCCAUCCAUUCAAAUUCCUUGGCAAAAAGAAGGGGAUGAAGGAAAGGAAACCCUAGAAGAAAGCGGGCUUCUUCGUGAAGUUGUGUCAUUAUGUAAAAUGACCUCUGCUUUCCACCACAGUUUAAACAUUUCAGAGGAUCAUUACUCCAGUAAUAGCAGUGGAAAUAAAGCAUAAGGGAACUUUGAGAAGAGAAACUACUUCCAUGAGAGGUUAGAGAGAGAUUACUCAGGAGUCCACGUAAUACAUGAUAACCAAAAGAUCACAAAGGAAUAAUUACUUUUACAUUUUAAAAUACUUCUGUUUGUUUAGUACAUGGAUUUAGACAUCUGCUUAUAUGUUUCUCAGUUAAUUCAUUGGCUGUGUUGAAGUCCACAAGAUGGAACUAAAUAUACUAAUGCACUCUUAAAUCAGGUACUAGUUUGUAUGUAUGUGAAAUAUACAACUGGUGCAUGGUGCUUACUAAUGUUCCUUUGUGCAUAUAUCCAGAUACUGAAGGUACUGUAUUGAUCCUGUUGGGCAUGAAAUGAACAAAACAGUUUAAAUUUUUCAGAAAAUUACAAAUAUCGAUGUUUGUAAUGAUUUAAUUGCCUUAAUCAUUUGGGAAAAGGUUUAAAUAUCUUACAAGAUGACUUGCAAACAUUCAGAAGAGCAAUAAUGAUUUUCCGUGGCAGGUAUCUGCUUAAGCAAAGGGGAAAAAGACCUUUUCUAAACUAAAGGAUCUCUUGUCAAUAAUAGGGAGCUUGUUAUAAACAGAAACUGGCCAUGUCUUCCAGACCUUGAAAAGAUGGUGCAUUCUUUUCUCUUAUGAAGUGCUGAAUUAUAAUGUGAAGUUACUUAACUUCUGUUUACAACUAAGGCACUUUAAAGACAUAUUAUCCAGUGUCUCAAUGUAGAUGUUUUCAUCUAGGAAUUUUCAGAAAGGAAAGUGUAAGUGAAAUUGAUAGAUUUUAUUGCUGUUUUUUAAAUUUCUACAAUUUAAUAAUUCUGUACUAAAAUUAAUUUGUGCCACUGCUGAACAUGACCAUUUGAUUUUUACAAGCCCCCUUUAAAAGAAACAUUAAAUUAUUGCUUUUCUUCUUAGGAGUUUUGUUUAAUUGAGCUGUGCAGUAUUUUAAAGAGAAGUGAAUGAAGAUUACUUAUAACACUAGACAUCAAAUUGGUUCAGCUAUUAAGAAUGCAAAUUACAAGGAAGGGAAUUAAAUGGAUGCUGCAUGUACUAUAUUUAGGCAUAAAUGUUUAUCCCCCUUCGAGCAUGUAGCAUUCCUAAAGGAUAUUUCUGUAUUUAAAAUUCAAAUAGUAGAUUCCUCCCUGAGUGGAGCACAUCUCUUCAUUGUCCUUGUCUACCCCUCUUUGUCCCCACCCUCUGUGGAUCAGAAUGAGUACUUUCUGGG